AUGGCACCAUCAAACAACCGCUUCGAGUUUAUUGACUAUUCUGUGGCGGCGUCGGGCAGAGCGCGUCUCAAGCCGGAAGUCAGACGCCGCGCAAGAGUACUGGUUAUGAAGGAUUUCUUGAGGAAAACCAGGAGCCUGGAUACUGUCAGAUCUGCGCCAAGGACAAACAAACCGCUAAGUCACCACAAGACUAGAUUUCGUGUGAAGCAGUCACAGGAGGCAAGGCCUUCUGUUUCUCCAGCUUCCAGUCGGCUCAACAACACCAUUUCGGAUGGGGACACGACUGAAAGUAUUCCCCAGACCCCCGCGGCUUCUGUCCGCGCAUUCAUCCGCAUCGAGAAUCCGACCGCUCGGACGCGAGCUUUGCUCGACUACUAUCUCCACGCGUAUUGGACAAACUCAAUAGCCGUCAAUCCAGACGGAGCGUGGACAACUCUGACGCUCGCCGAUCCUGCCAUGAUCCACGCCAAGCUAAGUCUGGUCGCCCUGCAUCGCGCAGACCGCGGCCAAGAUGGCGGAACGCCAGAGUAUCUCUACCAUCGAGGGCAGGCCAUGCUGAACAUCAAGCGACGGCUGGAGCAGGGUGAUUCAUCAAGGGAUGACGGUGUUAUUGGCACAGUUGCACUGCUGGCGAGCCUGGACGAUCAUUCGCAGCUGUCUUCCGAGACGAAGGAUACGCAUCUCCAAGCGGUGGCGGCGCUCGUGCAAGAACGCGGGGGGAUCGAUUCGCCCCAGAUCAGCGACGCGCUUCGACUCGUGCUUGGCUGGGUGGAUCUCUUGCACGCCACGUUGGGCGAACAACGCCCUAGCCUGGGCACCCCGAGCAUGGCACUGACGGCGACUCCAGAGGACAUACGCGCCGCUGGGGCCAAAGACUUCAAGCACUCUAGACGGCGUGGUCACGCCUACGGCGGCACGGUGGGACGCCUGUACGAUAUCAAGUCCCACGUCUCCCUUCUCAUGGACCUCAAGGCCAUCAUCAUUCGACCAAAACGCAAUCGCGAACUCCGGCGCCUAUUCAGCAGUUCUCUGUGGAAGCUGGAGUACGACCUCGCCAACAUCGAAGAUCUGGCGGAGCAGUCCGAUCCGUGGAGCGAGCGAGAUACAAUCCGAGCCUUCAGGGACGCCGCCAUCGUCUGCUCGUACGCCAACCUCCGCGAACAAAACUCAGUCUUCAUCUUUGGCAUGCUCAUGCAACGGAUACAGAGAAGACUUUCCAGCAUGCUGAGCAACUUACAGCUUGACCAGCAGUACUUGAACUCUGGCGAAGCCACUCUCCUUCUCUGGGUGCUCUCCAUGGGCUGGAAGGCGGCCUUGAUGGCGCGCAGCGACGGUCGCUGGUUCUCCAUUCGAGGAGUCGCAGUGGCGAUUCGAUACGGGUUGUCGGAAAAACUUUUUGGGACGGAUGCCACUACCACCUUUGAUGGUGACGGUGACGGUGACGGUGACGCCGAGGAUCCAUCAUUCACCCUCGGUCUCAGCGCCUCAGAAGUGAUGCAACUACAGGAUGAGAUGCAAAGGUGGGCCGGACAGGGUACAUUGGCUGUUCGAGGGGAACAAGGCAACUACGGCUCCGCACCAUCGAGCGAAAGUGGAGCUCACUAA